AUGUACGUGGACUGGCAGGCUGGUUGCCGUUCAAUACAAGUGCAACAAUGGAUCUCUGAUCCAGCCAAACAUUUUCCAUCUGUUAAUAAGAAAAUUCCGCCGGAGCCAUUGAAGGCUGAAAGAGUUAAUGAUAAGGCAAAAGUGGUAGAGUUAUACAUUGUCAAUGAUUACUCUCAAGUAUGCCUUGCCAGAAUUUGCAGUUACUCAUUUACAACAUUUACAUUAGUAUUCAUCAAUAAACAGUAUUUGGCACUGGGAAAAAAUUUGGACAAUACUGUGGCUAGAGCGCAAUCUAUCGUUCAUAACGCAAACAUGCUCUUUCAAACCCAAGGAAUAUUUUUGAUGUUGAAGGGGAUGGAGACAUGGAUAGAAGAGAUUUUGCCUAUAAAAAAUUACAACGAUUCAUACCAAUAUUUUGGAGAUUGGCAGACAUACAAACUGAAGAAUAUUGAGAGCAUCGUUAAUACAACUGUUGACGCCUAUGUCAUUAUUGUGUAA